CCAUUUGCAUAUGCCUUCCUGGGACCAGAGUUCGCCAUCACGGGCCCGUCUUGUAGAAUACUUUUUAGGCAACUGGGCCACCGUAGUUACUUUGCCGACGGAAAGUGGUGAACGUGUGGUAUCUAGCUAGCUAACUACUUGAACAGGUCAGCAGAUGGCAUCAGCAAUGAUCUCCGUCCACACCACAGCUUCUCGCUUUGCCCUGCUUCAGGUUGACUCUGAUUCGGACUCCGAUUUGGAGUCAGGAAAGACCAGAGGUGGCCGGGACUCUGGAAAGGGUCGGCCUGGGAAGGCAACCGAGGGGAAAUCCACCGCGAGCAACGGCAAGAAGGAGAAGAGGAAGAAGAAGCGAGAGCAGCAACAGAGCGAGGCCAAUGAGUUAAGGAGUCUUGCCUUUAAGAAGCUCCCUCAGAAGUCCUCUGCCCCGCCCCCCUCCCUGUCUCUGCAGGGUGUGGCCAAUGAGCUACUCCAUCCUGCAGCAGGGGACCAAUCCAUGCCCCCGGAAGGCUGGCAGCAAUGGAAACAGAAGGACUACCAGUUAACGAGUGAGCUGUAUGAGGCAGACCUGGAGAAGGCACUGAUUAUGAGUAAAUUGGAGUUUGAGGAGCACAAACAGAACAGCAAGCAGAGGCGUUUCUAUAGAUACUCACACCAUCAGAGAUAUGCACAGAGUGCAUGCAGUGGAGGAAGCAAGGGACAGACAGAUGAGCAGCUAAUGGAUACUAACAGAGGAAGUUAUUUCUGGGUUCGGCCAGGGCCGGUCCUUACAUUUGAUGAUGACGGAACAGAUACUCCCUCUCCCAAGUCCAGAGGAGGAGGAGGAGCAGCGGCAGGAAAGAAAGACAAGAAGAAGAGCCAGCAGGGAAAAGACAAGAAGAUGACAGUGUCUCUGAAGGACUUCCAGGCAGAGGGGGAUCAGCUUAGUAAGAAGCAGGAGAAAGAGGAGACCAAACUGCCCACACCUCCAGAAGACAAGUUCUUCAACAAGCUUGAGGAAGACGUUAGCAAAAUCGUACAGCAGGAAAAAAGACGGGAGCAGUUUUCUAACAGCACUGACGCCGAGGUCACAACUUCAACAGAGCAUGAACCGGACCCCCGAACUGAGCAGCUAAAGGACGACUUGGAGAAGAAAGACCAAGAAAUCGAGAAGUUAAAGAAGGUCAUUUCACAAUGGGAGGUGAAGUACAAAGAAGUGAAAGCCAGAAACUCCCAGCUCCUGAAGAUGUUGCAGCAGGGAGAGAUGAAAGAUAAAGCAGAGAUCCUAUUGCAGGUGGAAGAGCUUCUAAAUAUCAAAGAGGAGCUGUCUUCACAGGUGACAUCACUACAUGCCUCACUUGAACAGGAGAAGUCGAAAGUGAAAGGUUUGCAAACAGAUCAGCCAAAACACCAUCAGGGAAACAGGAAGGGGAAAAAGGGUUCAGAGUCUGAUCUAUGAAGACUGCAGAGGGAAGAACAUUGACUGCAAAAUACAACAAAGCAAAGCACUCCUAUUCUUCAGGGUCUAUUUGUUUGUAUGGUUACUCUCUACUCUCUGUCUUCAUGCACUACGCAUGCCUUGUAUACCACAUACACCAACUCCUGGAUGUGCCGCACUGCAGAAGUUAUUAAAAGGCUUGUAAAAUGAA